AUGGAGAAGAUUGACGCGAGGAAGAAGAAAGGCAUGACGCGGCGGGGGAUGAUCGCCGCUGUUUCAUACAUGAUCUGCGCAGUCACACUCGUUAUGUUCAACAAGGCCGCCCUCUCCUCCUUCAACUUUCCUUGCGCCAACGUCAUCACUCUGCUUCAGAUGCUCUCCUCCACGGCCCACGGCCUGUUAGCCAUUCUCCGCCUAGCAGACGUUCUCACCUUUGCUGAUGGCUCUGCUGCUGACGUGGCUCUGGGCAUAGCUACUCUCGUCUCUGUUGCGCCUGCUGCUGCUGCGGGCGGUGGUGGGGGAAUAUUGGGGAAAGGAGGGAAGGUGGGGAGGAGCAGGGGCGGGCGCAGUGGGUUUGUGCCUCUGCAUACUCUCGCCAGAGUGCUGCCUCUGUCGCUCUCAUAUCUCCUCUACAUGGUGGUGGGCAUGGCGAGCAUAAGCGGAGUGAACGUGCCCAUGUACACGGCACUUGCGCCGCACCACAGUCGCCUUCACCCUCGUGGCAGAGCGACUGCUGUCAACCAAGCGACACUCCUCAUACACACUCAUCAGGCGCACCACUGUGCCUUUGCCUUCGCCCUCCUGGCGGAGGGGCUGCUGGCAAGCAAACGGCAUUCGUCAUACAGCUAA